GACAGUCGUGUGUGUUUUUUUGAUGACGGAUUUUGCGAAAGAACCGUUGGUAUUUUUUUUUUUUCUCGUUUUCUUUCUCUUCCUGUGAAAAAUAAUCCGUUCGCGCGCGAUGGUCCGAUCGUCGAAAAGCGUCAAGAGAAACGAGAUGUCGGCGCACGGGGACGAUGCGAGGAGGAUCGGUUCGCCACCGUAUUAUCUUCGUCACGCUUCUCGAGACUCGUCGAAGUCGUCGCAAAUUGAUACAUCAACGAAAAGCGCUGAUAACAAAGCUUCGCUAUUAAUUAUAAGAAGCACGUUGUCCAAGGGAAAGUGCAAGUAUUGCACCUGCAGUCUGCUCGGAAUGAUGACGAUCUUGGUGUGCGUCCUGUUCGCUAAACUGUUUUUUCCAUAUCCUCUGCACGCUUCCUGCGUCGUCAAGUGGAAGUUCGGUGAUCCGUGCACAUUCAUCAUGCAAAAAUUUCGAUAUCAGAUAAUAAAUUGGUCUUCGUGGAACGUUUGCCGGCGACACGACGUCAAUUGUCUGUACACGCUAAACAUUUCGCCGGAAGAGAAUGUGAUCAGAGCAACUCACAGAAUGUCGAGUUCGAAAUCGCACGAAAGGAUCAAGAUUUCAUUUGAAGGGACAAAUAAAACGUGCGUUGCUACGGCCGAGUCUAUUUCAAACGCAUGGUUUAUACUAUUUGACCACGGCGCAAAUUACUGCAAUCUGCACAAUUUGGUGGUAGGCGCCGGUCUGAAUACUCAUACAAACUUUCUGGAACUGACAAGCGACGCUGUGUGCACGCAAUUCAACAUGGCAAUCUGUGAAUGAAGAAAGGAAACACACACAUAUCUCACUCGCUUGUGAUAUUUCUAAAAGAAUUUCUCGCACAAUGUUGCAGAUAGUAUAAACGUAGAUUUGUAUUUUUAUCACGUUAUAAAGUUUCAAGUACACGUGCGUUACAGAACAAUUCAUUAUAUCAAGUUUGUACUCUUCGAUGUGUUCGAAAAAUAUUACAUUGUAUAUCGUACACACACACACGUAUCGUAUUUAUUAAACUAUUUUAUCAUUUACACGCGCGCUGUACAAGCGCAAAAAAAAAAAAAA